GUCACUGACCAAAUUUCGGCGCGACAUAUAUUUUUGUUUUAUUUUAACAAAAUUCUACUCGAGUUUCUGAUGGCGUCCAAUAAUGGGCCGGCCCAUACGCUGUCCGGUGCUCCACGACGCUUCCCGUGCAGCCUUUGCACGCGCGCAUUCCGCACCGAAGCUGGAAUGCAGGCUCACAGACUAAACUCACAUAAGACGACGCCAAAUACAAAUGCAUCAGGAAAGACUGAUGCAAAGUCAUGGAUAGAGAUUGAGUUGGAGCCUAGUGCAAGCAAGUAUCGUUACAAGUGUCCCAAGUGGAGGUUCUGCAAUGAUAUCUUCCCCAACUUCGAGGAGGCCUACAAGCACAUACAGACCCAACACCCACAGAAUGCUUGUGGUGAAAUAGUGUCUCCAGAUUCACCUGACAUGAUUAAACCGGUGAGAGUGGAGGUGUGCGGUAUUUGCAAAACCGUCAAGAAACGGAAGCAGAAACACGUAUGCGAAGUCAGCGAAGAGGCACACAACAGUAUAAGCACAGCAAUGGGAUGCUUUGAUAAUGCUUUCAAUUGCUUGGGCUGCGAACAGGGAUUCUCUACGAAGCAGCUGUUUAUAACGCACAUCUCACAAAGGCACGCUCACGAGGUUGACAGCCUCUUUUUCCCCAGUCUUAGUGAAUUCAACAAAUGGAAAUCAGCAAUGGAGUUGAACACCAGGGUGAAGUACUCGACCAUCGUCCAGCAAGACGGCAAGAAGUUCAACCGCUGCUCCACACUGGCCACCGCAGCCCAGCAGUGCCCCUCCACCAUCGUCACCCAAGAAUACUCCACUGGAAUCCAGGUACACUUCUAUCAUACCCACAAAGGCCACUCGUGCAGACCUUACACGUUACAGGAUAAAUACAAAAAGAACUCCAUCACCGACUACUUAGGUUUAGCUUUAAAGACGGAUAAAAAGAAAAAGCUGGAGGAUGAUCUGUAUCUUCGGUUUAAAGUCAUGAUGCAGUCGAUAAUAGUUGAGGCUAAGAAGUUGGAUAUAGCGAACUUGGGGUUGCUGCAUGGCAUGGCGUUGGACAUGACUAUGGUGUGCAAUAAUUUCAAUUAUAAAGAUCUGGUUAAUGAUAAACUUGCCAAUGAUGAUAGUGAUGGUGAAGAGAAUGACAAUGAUGAUGAUAGUGUGGAUGAAUUCGCUGAUAGUGUUGAGAAAGAGAUAGCGCAGCCGACACCUGUCAAACGGUUGAACUCUAUGGUUGGCAAAAAGAUAGUCUCAAAGGAUGAAACUAAAGCAGAUACUACACCUAAAAAGAUUGUCAAGAACGCGCCAUCAUUCACUUCAACGCCAAAGAUCAAAGACGAAGACGAAAUAGUCAAGAUGGAAGAAGUAAGAACGUCGAAACGGCAACGGUUUAAACGAAAGUUCCCUGACGAGGAGACACCAAUACAGAAGGUGGCACCGUCGAAAAGAGACAAGAGAUCCCUGACUUUCUCUGGGCAGAGGAGGGAAGUGACACCAGAUAUUGACUUUGAGAAGAUAACGACAGACGCUACUAUAGAAACUACACCGAAAAUUUUAAACACUUUUAGCAUAAAAGAUGAGAAGGAUGGUGAAGUGACACCUGUCUCUACACCGCCUGUGAACGGAAAGAACCUGCUGACCCCUCCAACAUUCAAUGAUAGCUACAGAGAUUUCAUCACAAGCACACUACAAGAUCCAAUGAUUAAAAGGCCGAAGGCUGAUCGUGACAAAAUUAUUAACAAAAAUAGUCCAGCUCAGAUAAAGACUCAAGAAACCGAAGUAACUACGCCUGUAACUGAAAAAUACAGUGGUCCAAGUAGAACUAAGCCGAAAACGGCGAAUACAAGCAAAAAUAAAGGUGUCAAAAAGGAGAAAAUAAGAACGCAGCUUGGUAUGUUUAGGCCUGGGUCCUCGCCUAGAAGCAGAGCCAAAUCCAUAGACAGUUUGUCUCCAAGCAAGAGGGAUAAAACUCCGUCGCCUAAAGUUAAGUUAGAUAGCAUAAAAUAUGAAGUGAAGGAACAGGAAAAUGACUGCAAUAUUCUGAUAUUGAAAUUUUAGUUACUUUUCUGUUAUGAAUACUAUGGUAAUAUAAAACUAUGGGAGGUUUUCUUCUUAGAUCUUGAUUGUAAUAUAUGCAUGUUUGGUGAUCCACCAAUAAAACGAUAAUAAAUACAAUGCUAAUAAAGACUUUUUCAAAGUGCUGAUAAUGUCUGAAGACCUAUUUGCAGAAAUUUACUGAUGAAUCGCUAGAAAUGACAUAGACAAACAUAAAUUAUGUUGCUGCGGCCAAAAGAUGAAUGAUGUGAAAUACAUUUAGCAAUGUAUAAGGUGUUUAUAUUAUGUUUUUCAUAAACUAAAUUAUUUUAGUUAAUUUAACUUUCUGUGAAAUGUGUUCUUAUUUCGUGAAUGUCAUGAAUUUAGUGCCUUUUACCCACAAUGUGUAUUAAUUUUAUAAGAUUAUAAGUUAGCGUUUAUUUUUGCACGAUAUUUAAUUAUGCACAUAGUGAUUUUAUUAUAAUUUUGUUUUAUGGUUAAAAAACGAUUACUUUUGCAUAAUUUUUCAAAGACUUCUUUCGUUUGUUAUAGAGGUAAAGGAUCUAUGAUAAAACCAAGCUAUUGGUUUAAUUUAUUUUGAUUUGUAAUAUCGUUUGCACAUAUUUAAGUUAGAUAUAGCUGAUAUUAGGUUUCCAAAUUAAAAAAAAGUUCCUUUUUCACUAUUCAUGCUUAUAAAUGCAAAAUACGAAUGGUAUAAUGGGCUCAGAUAAAGAAAUCAAAAUGAUUAUGGUGGCUUUUACAUAGCAUCGCUCCCGCGACUGUCCACCAUUUUCAAAUUGAAUCUUUAUACAUAAUUAUAUGCUCAAAUUAUUACUUAUUUUUCUUUUUGUAAAAGUAAUUAUAUUUAGUUUGCAUAUACAUAUAUAUUAUGUUGUUUUUUUUGCAUAUCACGCGAUGUUUUAUGUUUGUAUUAGGGAUAAGCUAAAUGAUUAAUUUUAAGAAAUAAUUAUAUUUUGUAAUUUGUAAAUCUUAGGUAAGUACUGUAAAUAAAUUGCCAAGUUUUCAUU